AUGGCUUCUCUCGGCAUCCAAAUGACGCAGAUUAACUUGCAUCACAGCAAGAACGCUUCGGCUAUCCUAGCCAGGAGCAUGGCUGUGAUGCAUACAAGUAUUGCACUAAUCCAAGAACUAUGGAUUGUGAAUGGUGCACUCAGCAGCAAGGACCUUACAGUCAUCAAUGUGAGAAUGAAGCUGGCCGAGGAAGAGGACAUGGAAGUAUUAAUAGGGUCAGUUUAUAUGCCCUAUGACUCUACGGAUCCACCACCACAUGAAGAGGUAAAAAACCUGGUGGCCUAUGCGGAGGCCAGAGGGCUCGAACUCCUGCUGGGUUGCGAUGCGAACUCCCACCAUGUAAGAUGGGGAAGCACAGACACCAACCUGCGGGGGGAGAGUCUGCAGGACUACUUAAUGGGCACAGGAUUAACCAUUCUCAACAGAGGAAACGAGCCGACAUUUCUGGACUCCAGAAAACAGGAAGUCAUCCGAGAUAUUACAGUAUGUACAGAGAGGAUGGCGAGUUUGGUGAGAGACUGGAGGGUAUCGAAUGAGCCCUCUGAGUCGGACCACAGACAUAUACGCCUAACUCUUCAACAAAUACCGCAAAUCAGUUGGGUUUGCAACCUACGAAAAACAUACUGGGAAGGCUUUAGGGCUGACCGUAAAGCCCAGCUUUCUGUGGCCCCAACCAAUUUCAGAACCAAAAACAACUUGGAAAACGCGGCGGACUUUUUAAAGAACGCCAUUACAACCGCCUUUGAAUUAAACUACUCAUCAAAACUCAGGAAUCCGGUGAACAAGAUCCACUGGUAG